GAAGGUUUGUAAUUGGAAAUAACUAAUCGCGAAAUCAUCCCUCUAUAGAUGUCUGUAUUUUGCCUGGCAGAAUAAUCCAGCAAUCAACCCAGCAAAUGGAAUUUCAGCUAUCAACUGAUAGGGAGGCAAUGAAGAGUUUAAAGGAUUCUCACACAGAUGCUUGUUCUAAUCUCAAAGGCCUAUUUUUUCUAGAAGUUGUGAAUGGGCAGACUGGCUCCUGUUGUUUAGGCUUUUAUGAGUAUAGACCCCUGUCAAACAGAUUUGAGCGGUUUAGUAUUUUUGUCAUUGCCAGUAGCCAUAAGAAGUUGAAAGCACUUGCUGGUCUAAGAAGGAUUAAUCUGGAAGGGUUGCGGUGGCGAGUAUUUGAUGCCAAAGGCCAGGUGCUCGGGAGAUUGGCAUCCCAGAUAUCGACAGUAAUACAAGGCAAGGAUAAGCCAACUUACACACCUAAUCGCGAUGAUGGAGACAUGUGCGUGGUGAUUAAUGCAAAGGACAUAUGUGUCACGGGAAGGAAGCUCACGGACAAAGUGUAUUACUGGCAUACUGGUUAUACAGGUCAUCUCAAGGAGAGGACUUUGAAGGAUCAAAUGGCCAAGGACCCAACAGAAGUCAUCCGCAAAGCAGUGCUACGCAUGCUACCGAGGAACAAACUGCGCGCAGAGAGGGAUCGGAAACUGAGAAUAUUUGCAGGCGGUGAGCAUCCAUUUGGUGAUCGACCUGUUGAGCCGUAUGAAAUGCCUCCUCGACAAGUUCGAGAAAUGCGGCCCCGUGCAAGAAGGGCCCUCAUUCGGGCCCAGAAGAAGGCUGAGCAGCAGCAGCAAGGUGGGAACGAUGCAAAGAAAGGUAAAAAGAGAGAGCAAACUGCAGAAGUUGCUGCAUGAAGACCUGCUCUCUCAACCCCUCCAAAGAUCGUAUAUUUGCAUAUGAUGAUGAAAGCAAAUUCCUACCAUCAUGUUCUUUCCAGCCCUUGCUUGUGAUCAGAUCUGCCAUUGUUAAGCUCUUAGUUGUUGAGAUUUAGUGGUCUGUCAAAUUUUACUAUGUUGCUUACUAGAGCUUUAUGAUUAGUAUAACUGAUGUGUUUCUUUCUCUCAAGGUCUUUUCAGCAUAAUAAUAAAUUUUGGAUUAUGAUUCAAUGAUUUUGAAUGGUUA